AACAUCAACAACAACAACUCAAACCACCACUUUCUAUCUCACUUUGUUUCUCAACUUAACUAUUUAAUUUCUUCUUCCAACAUUUUCCUUCUCACUCAUGUUCUUCCCUCACUUGUAAACUCAUGGCUAUUGCCACUACACACAAGUGGCUCCCAAACAUCCUUGUACCUCAUGUUUCAAAGAGACAACAACAACAAUAUCAUCAACAAUCUAUGUAUUUUAUCCACCGCAACCAUAGACCAAUGUGUAAGGGAUGCUACCUUUCAAUGAAUGGUAGCAAAGAAGGAGAAAAUAAAAGAAAAGCAACAGAACCAGUUGGAACCAUAGAAACGCGAACAUUAUCACCAGUAGCAUCAACUGCAAUGGCUAUGUACAGUCUCAAAAUGGCAAUUUCAGAGAUGAAAGAAGACUCUCCAUUUUGUACAUCAUCUGGUAUAGUGAGAGUCGAGGUUCCUAUCGAGGAGCAAGUCGAAGCCAUUGAUUGGCUUCAUUCACAAAGCCACCUUCUGCUUCCUAGAUGCUACUUCUCUGGUAGGAAACAAAAACCUGUCCCUGGAAAUUUGGUUAGCAUUGCCGGUGUCGGUUCUGCUGUUUUCUUUUCUCAGCCACAGCCCUUUUCUCAUUUGGAUUGGAUGUCUAUACGGAGGUUUCUUUCUGAGAGAUGCCCUUUAAUUCGUGCAUAUGGAGCUAUCCGAUUCAAUGCAAAAUCUAGAGUUUCAUCCGAGUGGCUCGCUUUUGGUUCUUUCUACUUCAUGAUUCCUCAGGUUGAGUUUAAUGAGCUUGAAGGAGGAUCAAUGCUUACCAUUACUAUUGCUUGGGAUAAUGCUCUUUCUUGGUCAUGGGAAAAUGCAAUCAGUGCACUUCAAGAAACACUUUGCAAAGUUUCUUCUUCCAUUGUGAAGUAUCCUAAGCAAGCUCCUCCAACAUUGAUACUAAGCAGCCAUAACAUUCCUAGUAAAGUAGAUUGGAAUGUUGCUGUUGAUAGAGCUUUGCAGAUGAUAGGGCGAAAUGAUUCUUCUCUGUCUAAGGUUGUGCUAGCACGGAGUACUAGAGUAGUGCCUACUGCUAAUAUCGAUCCUCUAACGUGGUUAGCUUGCUUAAAGGUUGAAGGUGGAAAUGCUUACCAGUUUUUCCUUCAGCCGCCUAAUGCACCAGCAUUUAUUGGAAACACACCAGAGCAACUAUUUCACAGAAAAUGGCUACAUAUCACUAGUGAGGCUUUGGCCGGAACCCGUGCUAGAGGAGUGUCACUAGAACUAGACCAUCAAAUUGAACUUGACCUACUUACCAGUCCGAAGGACGACAUCGAGUUUACUAUAGUAAGAGAGACCAUAAGAAGAAAAUUAGAGGUAGUCUGCGAAAAAGUUACAAUUGAUCCAAAGAAAAUGAUUAGAAAACUACCGAGGAUCCAACAUUUAUUUGCUCAAUUAACUGGCAGGUUAAGAAGCGAAGAGGAUGAGUUUGAAAUUUUGUCAUCACUUCAUCCAAGUCCCGCAGUUUGUGGAUUUCCAACAGAAGAGGCACAAAAUUUAAUUGCAGAAACAGAAGUGUUUGAUCGAGGGAUGUAUGCUGGACCUGUUGGUUGGUUUGGAGGAGGAGAGAGCGAGUUUGCCGUUGGCAUCAGGUCAGCAUUGGUGGAAAAGGAACUAGGUGCUUUGAUAUAUGCCGGAACAGGAAUAGUCGAAGGAAGCAAUUCAUACUUGGAGUGGGACGAGCUAGAACUCAAGACAUCUCAGGUGCGUUUAUCAGUGCAUGCACCUACCAUUCACCACAAACGAUUGCUAGCAAGUUUGUAAUUCUACUUUGUUUCCUACAAUGUUGCCAAAUAGCGGCAACAGCGUAGCAGACUUUGGAAAAAUCGCUAUAAUUAUGAGAUACACAAUUCAGUACAAAGUCUUAUAAGUCACUUUUGUGGUGCUAUAGCACUGCAGCAUAGCGAAAUUUGAACAAAGUACUAUUUUCUGUGAUAUGCGAUUGACAACACUGAUUUCUGAGCAUAUUUUAUAUGAUACUAAAUGUAUGUAUGUAUAUUUGUUUUGUAGUUCACCAAGUUGCUUAAACUGGACUUACCUCUCAAA